AUGGCUCUCCGCUCCGCGAUCCGUUACCUUGGGCUGAUCCUAAUUCUCCUUAUCUUUAUUGCAACAGGCUUUCAACAUAUCUCCAAUCCCUCGGUAAGUGCCGCGUUGCUGGCGAAGAGUCAGUUUCCCAGAAUGUUGAAAAUGACCGGCGUUGAGUACCGACUUAGCGCCUCCGACUACGCGCUUUUUAUUCAGGCGUCUGGUGCUCUUUUCCUUGCCUUCUCUCUCUUCAUUUUGCUGGGGGUGGGCCGGUGCUUCUUUGCCCUCUUGUUGGCAAUGAGCACCCUUCUUCUUACGGUUGCCUUUCACGUGAAUAUUGACGACCCAAUGAGGAUCAGCAACAAUGACCUCUUUCAACUGAUGAAGAACUUGUCCAUCGUUGGUGCCCUGCUCUUCGUUGCGGGCAGCGGACAGCGCUCGCAUCGCUACUCCAAGGCGUACAAGGAGGCAGAAAUAGAGAAGAAGAAGCGCUAG